AUAAAAAUGACAGAAGGCAACUUGAUGUUCAUAGGUUAUGUAGAUAUAAAGACCUGUGUAGUUAUGGCCUCAUAUCCCAAAGAUGCGGCAAAAGGGUCAGUAGGCGUGGUACAAGAUGCACUAAAAUCAGUAUGCUCAAAUGCAAUCAAUACAGCCAAUGACAAAUCUAUCAAGAAGCUAAAACUGGACUACCAAACGAUAUACUACAAGUCAGACGAGAAAGCGGAAACUGCGGUCGUAGUCAUGAUAUUUGAAGAAGAGUAUCCCGAGCGCUUGGCAUUCACAUUAAUACAGGAAAUAUGGCGAGACGUCCAUACGGCUCCUCCACGUGAAUUGGACGACGAUGGUAUUCCAACAUCAUUGCAAUCGCACCUGGGAACACAUAUGAUGCGCAUAUUCAAAAGAUACGACAAAGUUGUAGAAGUUGACCACACUUUGAGGGCACAAAUGCAUGUAGAUGAUGCUACGUGCAAUGUUGAAGAUGCCAUGAAAAAGAUUAUAGGUAGCUGUGGAAGCUUGCAGGAAUUACGGGUCAAAUCACUUAACCUGAAGAACAAAACUGUUGUGAUUAUCCUUUACAUCAUCGUCAAUGUCAUAAUCAUUUCUCUCUACAUAGCUAUUCCUAAGCUCAUGAACACAAAAGUUACAGGAAUUAAUACAAAUGACCAUUCCAAUGGGAACCACAACAGUACUGAUAACAACCACACUAUUACCGACAGCAACCCCGAUAAGAACAACAACAAUAAUUAGUACAAUGAUAUA